AUGUUAGGUCAUUACACCAGCACGAUUGAGAUAGUUCGCCACGCAAAAGUACUCAUCUGUGAAUUGGAACUCGCGCAAGCACAGACUUUAGCUACUGGGCCUGCAGAUCCGUUCGUAGUAGCGGCCCAAGCUGCAUUAGAUGCAGCCCAGCUUGCGUAUGCUGGUGUUGGACCAGAUAUUGUUGUUCCUGUCAUCAACCCAGGAGGUCUCCCUCCUCAACCGAUUUCGGAAUAUAAUACACUAGGGGAGAUUUUCGACGACUGCUGCUUAGAAUGUUUCCAGAUGCUUCAUCUAACAGGCACGGUCUGGAUCAGUGGAUAUGACCGUACAGCGACCAAUUACUUCGCCAUAGUUUCUGAGGUUGCCAAAAACCUUGGCGGGGGCAAUCCUGUCCCUCUCCUUCUUUAUAUGUUGAACAAUGCGUCACUGGAUGAUCUCUUGAGUCCGGCAGUUGUGCAUAUGCAUAACCCUGAUGCUCGGGGACGCAAUAUCCUUUUCAAUCUUGUGAGUGUGGUUAAUAGAUCUCUUGAGGAAACUUGGAUAGAUCGAGUGCACAGGAUGGCAAUAGUGGGAGGACAGCCAAUGCCAUUAACACCUGCAGAGUUGACCAGGCAAUGUUCUGGUAGCUCAAAUGCAAUGGCUCAUUUAUCUUUCGCGCAUUAUUUCCGUGCAUUCCAGUUCGGGCUUGUAUUCGCCAAUGUGGAUGAUAUCCCCCCUACAGUCCCAGUACGUAACACAUGGUCUUUUGUACUGCGUCGUGCAGACAGUCCCGAUCUCACCAACAUCGUUACCCACAUGGCAUCAGUAUCAACUACCAUCAGUACCUGGAUCGGGGUUCCUGUGAAUACGCCUGGCAGAAAUGGAUAUCCCGCAAUAUUUUCCGGUCGGGCUACCCCUCACUUCCUUGCUAUUUGGCAUAAUAGGCCGUGGAUGGCAACUCAAAUCGCCAAUGGUACACAUGCGGUCUCGGAUGAGCCCAGUGAUGUUGUCACGAGGAUUGAUGGGCCUAUGAGACUGGCCGGGUGGGCGGCUAUCCAACAUUUCAAUGCAGACGGUCUUGGCAUGCUUAGUGAAUGGGUCGAUUUAGCACGGCCUCGACUGACGCAUACUCAACGAUAUCAGCAGUUAAUCGAUAUCCUCAAGAUGAUUAUAGUACAAUACAAAGAGGAAUAUCGGAUUAUUACUGAUGAAUGUGAGGCUAGGCUCGCUGCACUACCCGUCGGCGCAAAUCCAGCCGCUCUUGAAUUGCAAAGGGAUAACUCGUUAAAUGGAAUUGAAGAUAUAGGCAGGCAGAUGAUUCGGACGAUUUUGGACAACAGUAUCAACUUUAACGUCACAGCCGACAUCACGCUGAAUCCUAAUUGGGAGAAUAUCAACAUGACAUUAGUUGACACUGUGGAGUUCACCGAAUUUAUUCGUAAUGACGUUGAGCCAAUACGUGGAUCCAGAGACCCAAAGUUUGCCAUUGUGAAGCCAUUGAUGCAUGAGAUUUUGAAGUCUGCGGCAAGAACCACGCGGACUCGGAGUCGACGGGGAUCAUAG